CUGCAUCACAUAGAAACAUGCUGACUGGAAGGCUGCGUUCGUGCGGAAGAGGCCCAAGCCGCUCCUGUCACCUGGGUUCGGGAGCGUUGCUCUUCCGUUUGCAACAGCAUGCGUUCUUCAUCACUUUGAGCAGCCUUUCCUCUCCCUCGAUUCCCCAGCGAGGCUUGGGAAUCGCGUAGAAGACACUUCUCUCACCUUGCCCGCCGGUCCCUGUGACGGCAACCCGCGCCCCGCCUCCCACGGAGCGGCCGGAAGGGCCCUGUGGGACGUGGCGACCCGGCGAGGGGGACUGGCCGCGACUCUCGGGCCCUCGGGCUCGGGCGGCUGCGCUCCCACUCAUCUUCCCACAAACUUGACGACGGCUCGGCGACGGCCGCCCGAGAUUCCGAGGGGCCACGGGGCCAGGCUGCACUGGCUUCGCCAUGGGCAGGCUCGGACCGCAGGGAACCUCGUCCCGGGCCCCGGCCCUUUCCGUCCCGUCAGGAGAGCUGGCAGGGAGAAGUCAAGGGACCUUCGGCGGGACCCAGGCUCGCUCUCAGCCGCGGCCUCCAGGGCAGGCGGCUCACAAUGUGGCUUCGCGCCCUCGAGGCGGGAGCGGGCGCGUUGCCAUGACAGCGACCCCCGCGGCGCACGCCCCGGUCUGCCGCCCUCAGACGCGCGCGGCCUCUCCCCGCCCCGAUCCCCCGUCGCUGUGCGCAACCCCCCUCCGGCUGUGGGAAGGGGCCGGGCCUGCCGCCUGACGUCUGUGCGGGCUCGGAAGAUGGCUGCGGAGCCGAGCACCGGGCAGUGGCUGCGGCGGCGGCGGCGGCGGCAGGCCGGGAGCGCGGCAGGCGGAGGCUCCGCCUUGCGCGUGGGGCGCUGAGCCGAGAGGCGCGGAGGCGGCGAGGGCGCGGGGGCUCGGCGGGCCGCUCGGUGCCGCCUCCUGCCACACCAUGGGCAGCGCGGAGGAUGCAGUCAAAGAGAAACUGCUGUGGAACGUGAAGAAGGAGGUGAAGCAAAUCAUGGAGGAGGCUGUCACCAGGAAGUUUGUGCAUGAAGACAGCAGCCACAUCAUCGCUUUAUGUGGUGCGGUGGAGGCUUGCCUCUUGCAUCAGCUGAGACGCCGUGCCGCUGGCUUCCUGCGCAGUGACAAGAUGGCAGCCCUGUUCACCAAGGUGGGGAAGACGUGCCCUGUGGCCGGGGAGAUUUGCCAUAAAGUGCAGGAGCUGCAGCAGCAGGAAGAUGGCAGGAAACCCUCAGGGGUCAGCCAGGAGGCCCUGCAGAGACAGGGCUCAGCCAGUGGGAAGACCCUGGCCCUCAGCCCUCAGGCCCUGAAACACAUAUGGGUACGCACGGCGCUCAUCGAGAAAGUUCUGGACAAGGUUGUGCAAUACCUGGCGGAAAAUUGCAGCAGCAAGUACUACGAGAAGGAGGCAUUGCUGGCAGACCCUGUGUUUGGCCCGAUCCUGGCCUCUCUUCUAGUGGGACCCUGUGCCUUGGAAUACACGAAGCUCAAGACAGCUGAUCACUACUGGACUGACCCCUCUGCUGAUGAGCUGGUCCAGAGGCACCGCAUCCGGGGUCCGCCCACUCGCCAGGACUCCCCUGCAAAGCGCCCAGCCCUAGGGAUCCGGAAGCGGCACUCAAGUGGCAGUGCGCCAGAGGACAGGCUGGCUGCCUGCGCCCGCGAGUGUGUGGAGUCCCUGCACCAGAACUCCAGGACGCGCCUGCUCUACGGCAAGAACCACGUGCUGGUGCAGCCGAAGGAGGACAUGGAGGCGGUCCCUGGCUACCUCUCCCUGCACCAGUCUGCAGACAGCCUGACUCUGAAGUGGACCCCCAACCAGCUCAUGAACGGGACCCUGGGGGACUCCGAGCUGGAAAAGAGCGUUUACUGGGACUAUGCCCUGGUGGUGCCCUUCAGCCAGGUCGUGUGCAUCCACUGCCAUCAGCAAAAGAGUGGUGGCACGCUUGUGCUGGUGAGCCAGGAUGGCAUCCAGAGGCCGCCACUGCACUUCCCACAGGGAGGACACCUGCUGUCCUUUCUGUCCUGUCUGGAGAAUGGGCUGCUGCCUCGGGGACAGCUAGAGCCCCCGCUGUGGACCCAGCAGGGGAAGGGGAAGGUGUUUCCCAAGCUUCGUAAGCGAAGCAGCCUGCGCUCAGUGGAUGUGGAGGAGAUGGGCACUGGGCGGGCCACCGACUAUGUGUUCCGGAUCGUCUACCCUGGCCACAGGCACGAGCACAUCACUAUUAACUACCACCACCUAGCGGCCAGCCGCGCGGCCUCGGUGGACGAUGAUGAGGAAGAGGAGGAUAAACUGCACUCGAUGCUCUCAAUGAUCUGCUCGCGGAACCUCACAGCUCCCAAUCCGAUGAAAGAUGCCGGCGACAUGAUCGAGAUGCAGGGCUUUGGGCCCAGCCCGCCAGCCUGGCACCUGGCGGCCCUGUGCAGUCAGGGCUCCCCCUGCCUCUCCUGCUUCUCCAGCAGCUCCCCGUACGCCACCCCCAGCCGCUGCAGCUGCGUCCCUGACCGGUUGCCCCUUAGGCUGCUGUGUGAAAGCAUGAAGCGGCAGAUCGUGUCCCGGGCCUUCUACGGCUGGCUGGCACACUGCCGUCACCUGAACACGGUGCGGACCCACCUGUCAGCGCUGGUGCACCACAGCAUUAUCCCACCUGACCGGCCCCCAGGGGCCUCCGGAGGCCUCACCAAGGACGUGUGGAGCAAGUACCAGAAGGACAAAAAGAACUACAAGGAGCUGGAGCUGCUGCGGCAGGUGUACUACGGGGGCGUGCAGCACGAGAUCCGCAGGGACGUCUGGCCCUUUCUGCUCGGCCACUACAAGUUCGGCAUGAGCAAGAAGGAGAUGGAACAGGUGGACGCAGCGGUGGCAGCAAGGUACCAGCAAGUGUUGGCAGAGUGGAAGGCCUGCGAGGUGGUGGUGAGGCAGCGGGAGCGGGAGGCACACCCAGCCACGCUCACCAAGUUCUCCUCCGGGAGCAGCAUCGACAGCCACGUGCAGCGCCUCAUCCACCGAGACUCCACCAUCAGCAACGACGUGUUUGUCUCUGUGGAUGAUCUGGAGCCCCCGGGGCUCCAGGACCCUGAAGAUUCCAGACCAAAGCCUGAGCAGGAAGCAGGAGCCAGGACUCCGGGCACCGCCGAGGUGGAGCAGCAGCAUUCGGUGGAGUUUGACUCUCCAGACUCAGGACUGCCCUCCUCUCGCAACUACUCCGUGGCCUCGGGCAUCCAGUCAAGCCUGGAUGAGGGGCAGAGCGUGGGCUUCGAAGAGGAGGACGGUGGUGGGGAGGAAGGCUCCAGUGGGCCCGGCCCUACAGCUCACACUUUCUCGGGGCCCCAGGAUCCCAGCCAGGAGAAGCCUUCUCAGGCCGGAGAGCUGGAGGCAGGGGAGGAGCUCGCGGCUGUGUGUGCGGCUGCCUACACUAUAGAAUUACUGGACACUGUGGCCUUAAACCUGCACCGCAUAGAUAAGGAUGUGCAGAGGUGUGACCGCAACUACUGGUACUUCACGCCCCCCAAUCUCGAGAGGCUCAGAGACAUCAUGUGCAGCUACGUGUGGGAGCACCUGGACGUGGGUUAUGUGCAGGGCAUGUGCGACCUGCUGGCGCCUCUCCUGGUCACCCUCGAUGACGAUCAGCUGGCCUACAGCUGCUUCAGCCACCUCAUGAAGAGGAUGAGCCAGAAUUUCCCCAACGGGGGUGCCAUGGACGCCCACUUUGCCAACAUGCGCUCCCUCAUCCAGAUCCUGGACUCCGAGCUGUUUGAGCUGAUGCAUCAGAAUGGAGACUACACCCACUUCUACUUCUGCUACCGCUGGUUCCUGCUGGAUUUUAAGAGAGAACUGCUGUACGAGGAUGUGUUUGCGGUGUGGGAGGUGAUCUGGGCAGCCAGGCACAUCUCAUCGGAGCACUUCGUCCUGUUCAUCGCCCUGGCCCUGGUGGAGGCCUACCGAGAGAUCAUCCGCGACAAUAAUAUGGACUUCACCGACAUCAUCAAGUUUUUCAAUGAACGUGCCGAGCACCACGAUGCCCAGGAGAUCCUGCGGAUUGCCCGGGACCUCGUCCACAAGGUGCAGAUGCUCAUAGAGAACAAGUGAGCUGGGCCGGGAGGCACAGCCGUGCAGAGCCUGGACACUGGGCCCUGGGCUCCGGCAGGGAGAGGGGCAGGGCCACCACAGCCAAGACAGCUGUGCCACCACCGACCCCACCUGCUCAGCUCUGUUCCUAACAAAGCAAUUGUGAGCCUGGGGUCCGACUCCCGGCACUGCUGACCCCGCAGGGCAAGUCAGGGGCCAGGAUGCCCUUGGAUCAGGGCCGCGAUGGGAGGGGUCAGCCUCAGGGAGCAGCCACCUUGAGGGACACACCUACUCUGCUCCCCUCUCAAACAUCUGGGAAUAGCCCCACUGCCACCUGCACCCUCAGCCUGGACUGUUGCCCGUGAGUGAACCUGGGCCCAUAGGAUUAACAGGGGCAAUAGUGCCUAGGCCCUGCUUAGCUGAGGUGGCAGAGGGCGAGAGGCUCUGUACUGUGUCCUUUCGGACAGUCCCUUUGCAUUCCCAGUAUACUGUGUGUGCACCAGCCCCAGCUGGAGCAGCCAGAACUGCUGCUGGUGAGGGCACGUGUCUGGGUGCAGGAGACCUGGGCCUCCUUUGGGCCCCUCCCCUGAGAGUCUGGGGCAGUCAGAAAAUGUGGGCCCUGGGUGGGAGCAGCCCACCUCAGCAGCACUGCCACUGCCUUUGGCCACCUGAGGUGCCCCCCAGGCCUCCUGGCUCUGUCCAGUGUACCUCUGCAUCUCUGUAUGGCCUCACUCCUGCCACCCCACCUUGUGUUCUGCAUUAAGAUACUUCUCUGAAAACUGCGUGAGUGGCGCUCUUGCCAGUGGAUGAUCUGGAAUGCAGCCGGAGCACUUGCUCUGAGGGUCCCAGGGUGACUGUGUGGGGAACAGUUCAGUCACAGCCUCCUCUCAGGGACAGGCCACAGCUCUAGGGCCGUCCAUCUGUCACAGGCAUCUGCCACCUCCCUGGGGCUGAGGGAAGCAGGGGAUGCAUCAGUGUCCCUGUCUGUCCCUGGUGAGAAGCAAGGCUAGCUCUGCCUUCCACAUGCUUCUCAGGAUGCCAGGAGGCCUAGGAACCCAGAAACUCCCUUGCAGGGGCUGGUACAUGGGGGUGCCAGGAAGGGCAUAGCUCCUGCCCCCAGGCCUAGGCAUGCUGCUUGCUCUCCAUCCCCACUUCCUCCUCCACCCCAGUAUGUGCUGGCUGGGCCUUGCCCUGGGACCUGGAGGCUCUGCCCUGGGCUGGGGCCUGCCAGCAGCCACCAAAGCCCGGCAGCCUUUCUGCAUCUGAGAAACAUGACACAGUGCCCCCGGCCCCCUGUACAUCCAGCACAGCCCGCCCCACACUGCCCCGGGCACUGCACAGCCUGUCUGGGGGCCAGACCGCCCCACUGCCCAUCCUUGUUGUCCAUGAGUCCUUGGCCUCCACCAAGCACGUGUGGCCGUUGUGUGCCUGCCCUAGUGACUCAGUGGUUUUGUGAGGAGCAGAGUGUGUAUGUUUUUUGCCUCAGAAACUAUACUCUUCUGUGUAACAGACCAAUAAACAGCAUUUGUCAACACUUGAGCCUCUG